CGAUCUUGUUUAUUUUGUUCGUCUCAUUCUUCGCGAGUGCAGGUCGGAAAUCAGAACGAACGCAAUUUGAAUCAUUGAAAACUGAAAAUAAAGUGCUUUUCCAGACGAAAUAUUAGUAUUUUCGUGCAUUUACUGUGAAUCUAGGAUACCAACUUCUCAACGGUUCAGGAAACAUGGACAAUAUAAACGAUCUUCCAGUCGAGAUUUUAACACGAAUAUUCGACUAUUUGACUAUAUCAGACCGGAAAUACGUUUCGUGUGUGUGUCGUCUAUGGUACAACAUCCUGCACUGUGUUCACUUCCAGCGGCAGUGUCGGUUAGUGUUCGACAGCACCUUUGAAGAGGAACUGUCUGAUCUGGAGAAACGUAUCCUGCGCAGUUGUAGAAACCUUUCUAUAACACAUUGGGACGAUGCGGACGAUAACGAUUAUGAUGAUGAUGACGACGAGGCACAGACCGAAAAGGAAAUCAUUGUACAGUUUAAAUAUCUGUUCAAACCAAGUCCGGAGCGAAACGUGACAGAUUUGCUGUUUGAAGAAAACUUACCGCUGGAAAGUCUAGAGAUAAAUACCACCUUCGAUAGUUGUAGGGACAUCAUCGAAGACCGCUUGCCGCAACUGGAUCAGCUUCGAGAGCUUACACUUUCGUUCGAUCAGAAUCCAAAUCCAAAUGGCCCAAGCUCCAAUGCAGGCAUAUGGGUUGUGCAACACAAAAGCCUCGAGACACUUAGGAUAGGGCUGUCUUAUGAAAUUGACGCAUUUAGAAUAGAAGCUCCAGCUUUAACGUAUCUAGAAAUUCAGCCAAAAUGUCGCUGGAGUAUGGAAAUAGUUGAAACAUAUUGUCGACAACUGCAGACACUCAAAUUACGAUUUCAGCAUGUGGAAUAUAUGGAGUCGUUCCUUUCGUUGCCUUUUCCGAGCUUAAGGCAUUUGCAGGUCCGCAUGUACGACGACAAAGAAACGCAGAUACGAUAUGCCCGAAGUCGUCAUCGAAUAAACGACGCCGUGCGUGACGAACAGUUCGUCAGAGAUAUGCCAAAGCUUAGAAAACUUCUACUAGAGAGCAAUCUUAUGUUCUUCCGAAUCGGAGUUCUACUCGCCAAGUGCAAUCAUCAGCUAGAGGAAUUAACACUAGAGGAACAGCAAAUAGACUAUGCACAACUGAAAGUUGUGGAAUCUUUGCCAAAGUUAAAGAGCCUUACGCUUUUCCGAUGCGAGGUGCUGAUGCCAUCACCAGUGCUGCCUACGCUCAAUAUGCCCCACCUGGACAAACUGGAGCUGUUCUACAACGAAUCGAGCAUUGUGUUCAACGAGGGCCUGUCCGGGCUGAAGUCUCUCAAAAUUUCGUUGUGGACGGAGAAAAAUAACAAAAUAUUGUACAAAUUUGUAAAAAUCUUCCCAACUUGGAACAUCUAGAAGUGCUAGCCAAUACCAAGUUGGUCAACACGUGCCUUCGCUAUCUGCAUCGCUUGACGAAUCUCCGAUCAUUCAAGCUAGACAACAGCGAACCGAAUACGUUACUCUGGCAGCACUGUCCGGUGGUGCCUUCCAUCCAGAGGGUGGUGUUCUACAACUGUACCCUGAACAGUGAUACCCUGCUGCCAGUAGCAAGGCUCUUCCCAAACAUGCGUGAGCUGUUUAUAGAUAGGUGUUAUUUUAAGAAAGGUGCUGCCGAGGGCAAAAGUGAAAGCGACAGUGAAGCCGAGGGAGAUGAGCCUGACAGUGAACGGAAGAACGACAAUAAGUACCUCAAUGCGGACCGUGUGCGACAGUUGUUUCCACUGUGCCGAGUAUCGUGCAAAGAAUCGUAUUUUUAUUGGCACCGAUAUCACUAGUUGCUGAAAGUAGUAGUAUUAUAAGAAGGAAGUUGUUGACAGAUAAAAAUAUUUUUUCAUUGAAAAAGUAUGGUCAAUCCAUUAAA